CGUUAUAUCAUGGGUGUGGCUAUAAUUGAUGUCACGCUUUUACCUGUGUAACUGGUCUCUUUUUGAGGAUAAGCAGUCAAUUAUGUUCCUAAAAACUCUUUUCGUUUAUGGUAGUAAUUAGUGCAACAGAAAGACAGUAAACACGGAGUUUAAGCUUCGAAAUUCAAGGUGUCAUGGGAUCUUGGAUGCUGUUUUGGAUUCUGUGUUCCACCACAAUCAUUCUGAUGCCUGUGUGUCUUCAUGGAGAAAUAUCAGUACACUUUAAGACUGGACGACCUCUGUAUGUUGCACUUGGACAAACUCUCGUUCUGGAAGCCGCAUUUGAGAAAAAUCCAGGAGAUGUGAUAGACAUGGUGACAUGGGACCGAGAGAGAGGGAAGGAGAAUAUCAGACUAUCAGGUGCUGCUGGAAGCAGAAUAUCUUUUGAGAAAGGAGAUGCACUUCUGCGGAUCACUGAUGUUGCAGAAGGAGACUUUGGGAUCUACAAGGUCACCGUUACAGACAGUAAUGGAUAUCAGCGGCAUGACACUGUGGAAGUGCGAAAGAUUGAGGAACCUCCAAAGGCGGUGAUUGUACGUGUGCUGGAGUGUGUGCUGGAGAAGCAUGACAUGGCGCAGUGGGAUAGCCCUCAGUUCUCAUGGCUGGUUGAUGGAGUGGCAGUAACCAAUCAAACGGCACUGUUAGCAGGUGGCAGUAGACUCGACAUCUCUCAGGUUAAGGGAGUUAACUACACCUGCAUCAUCAAGAGCAGCCUGGGGACACGGGUCACAACACAUUAUGAAGAACAACCAAAAGAAUCUUGGAAUCCCUGUUCAGGAAGAAUUGCAGUUAUAGUUACAGUUACAGUAGCGCUGUGUGUGGCCGGGUUUUUUAUUUUCCUGAAGAGAUGCAAAAAAACCUGAUGUCAUCUAGCCAAAGGAGUUGGUCAUGACUGACUGAAUCCACAUACAACAUUUUAUUUAUUUAUUUAUUUACAUGUCAGCAUACUUAUAAACAUUUUAUUUUGAUAAUUUUGUGGUUAUUUACUUUACUUGCACUACAUCAUUGGGAUCAUAUCAUCUGUUUUGUUUCUUUUAUUAACUUACUGUUACUGUGCUUGAAAAAUUGUGAAUUUAUGUUGUGACUUUCUUAAAAUAAGUUCUUAAAAAUAUUCUCAGGGAAAAAAAAGUUUACUCGUUCUGGUAAAAAUAUUUACUUUUUCUUCUACAGUUGUGUUGUUCAGUCAUAAACUGAAGAUUUGAUUCAUUUGAACAGAAGAAUGCUUGUGUUCAUUGUACAGAAAGACUCGUACUUUAAAUCUUUAAGAAGUUAAACAUACAGUUGUUUUGUAUGGAUCUAUGCUUCGAGAUCGCAGAAGUUGUUUUGUUUACAGAAUGAAUAUCAGUACUGUUCAUUUGCUGAAGUCUACCUCACUUGUUCUUAUUAUUCUGCUGUUGAAGCAUUUGCAAAUACUGAUAUUUGAGUUAGUAAUGUAAAGUAAUGUAAAGAGUUAGUAAUGUAAAGUAAUGUAAAGAGUUAAUGUACAGUCUUAAAAAUGUAUUUGCAUUAGAUAACGGAAAUAAAAUCAAUGCAAGUGUUA